AUGCUUUUCUCAAGUUUAAUCAAAUCUGCUGCUGUUGCUGCUGCUUUAAUCGGUUCAACCGUUGCUCAACCAGUUCAACAUGCUCAUAACCAACACAAACGUGGUGUCGUUGUUGUUACCCAAACUGAAACUGUUGUUGUUACCGCUGGUCAAAACCAAGUUGUUGGUGGUCAAUCAACCACUUUGACCUUCUCAACUGUUGAUACUGCCUUAGGUGCUCCAAGUUCAUUAUCAACCACUGUUACUAGAGGUGCUCCAGUCGCUGAUGCUUCUUCAGGUUCAUUCUCAUACUCUGCUGACCCAUCAACCACUACUUUAUCAUCAUCAACUGGUAACGGUGAAUCUUCAACUGCUCCUUCAUCAUCAACAUCUUCUGCUGCUUCAGUUCCUUCUUCUUCAGGUUCAUUCAAAUCUGGUAAAGGUAUUACUUACUCCCCAUACACUUCAUCAGGUCAAUGUAAAUCAUUAAGUGAAGUUCAAUCUGAUUUUGAAAACAUCAAAGGUUACGAAGUUGUUAGAUUAUACGGUGUUGACUGUAACCAAGUUGAAAACGUUUUACAAGCUAAAGCUGAUGGUCAAAAAGUUUUCUUAGGUAUCUUCUUUGUUGAUUCAAUUGAAGCUGGUUGUAACCAAAUUGCUGACGCUGUUGAAAAAUACGCCUCAUGGGAUGAUGUCUACACCGUCUCAAUUGGUAACGAAUUAGUUAACGGUGGUCAAGCUUCAGUUUCUCAAGUUGGUCAAUACGUUAAAGCUGGUAGAUCCGCUUUAUCCUCAAGAGGUUACAAUGGUCCAGUUGUUUCAGUUGAUACUUUCAUUGCUACCAUCAACAACCCAGGUUUAUGUGAAUUCUCAGACUACAUUGCUGUUAACGCCCAUGCUUACUUUGACCAAAACACCGUUGCUGAAGAUGCUGGUGAAUGGUUAUUAUUACAAAUUCAAAGAGUCUGGACUGCUUGUGGUGCUAACAAAAACGUUUUCGUUACUGAAACCGGUUGGCCAUCAAGAGGUGACACUUACGGUAAAGCUGUCGCCUCAAAAGAAGCUCAAACUGCUGCUAUUGACUCUAUCAAAUCUGCUGUUGGUGAUGAUGCUAUCUUAUUCAACGCUUACAAUGAUUUAUGGAAAGCUCCAGGUGCUCAAAACUGUGAACAAUACUGGGGUCUUUACUCCAACUAA